CUGAGAGGGGUGGCAGGGAGGGGCUGAGAGUUGACUAGACUGAGAGUCUAUCAUGACGUAGAGAUGAACCAACUGGUCCAAUCUACUUGAUUAUCAACCCAUGAAAUGCCAAUCUGUAUAAAAAUGUAGAUUUUGUCAAAAUGAACCCUGUAUUGUGAUGAAACAGAUUAUUGCUAGUAAAACAAAUCACCAAUUAACCAUAUGUACUGCAGCUUUUGGUUGGUCGAGUAUGCUAUUGAGUAUUGGUUGAGGCCUCAUAAUUGGCCACCAAUUAAUGUGUGUUUUAAUAUUUUGUUAUUAGGAGGUGAAGGUAAAUUGGGCCACAACUCCAAGUAGCCAAAAGAAAGAUACAUCCAAUCACUUCCAUGUCUUUGUGGGUGAUUUGAGUCCAGAGAUAACUACUGAAGAUAUCAAAGCUGCGUUUGCACCAUUUGGAAAAAUCUCAAUGCUCAUAGGAUUGGACAGGAGCUUGAAGGCUUACAGCAAGGAACUGUGCACACUGGAAAACUCAGAUGUAGAUUUUUUUAUUAUUCCAUCUAUUCAUUCUUCUUACAUUUUUAAACUGCAAUAAUAUUGUUAUUAACCUUUUGCCGUAGUGUAGAAUUUUUUAACCAACACCAGUAUUUUCCUUUUAGACUUGUGUUUUUAAAAGAAAUGUUAUUUAACGAUGGUUUUGCCUAGAUGUGUUGAUUCUAGUUUGACUCUCCUAAAAUUCUGAAAAUGUCAAUUUUUCGAAAUUUGCAGCUUCCCAAACUCCAUAUUGGUGGUAAAGAAUUGACCAGGAAAAAUAAAGAAAUCUGUUAACAGGCCAUGGAUGCACGUGUGGUGAAGGAUAUGACAACGGGGAAAUCUAAGGGGUAUGGAUUUGUGUCCUUCUAUAACAAACUGGAUGCAGAGAAUGCCAUCGUGCACAUGGGAGGACAGUGGUUGGGUGGGCGGCAGAUCAGAACCAACUGGGCCACACGGAAGCCUCCUGCUCCCAAGAACAUACCAGAGAACAGCUCAAAGCAGCUGAGAUUUGAAGAUGUGGUGAACCAGUCGAGCCCUCAGAACUGUACAGUAUAUUGUGGGGGGAUUCAGUCUGGCCUCUCCGAACACCUCAUGCGACAGACGUUUUCACCAUUUGGACAAAUCAUGGAGAUCCGAGUUUUUCCAGAAAAAGGCUAUUCUUUCAUCAGGUUUUCCACUCAUGAGAGUGCAGCCCAUGCCAUUGUCUCUGUGAAUGGAACCGCCAUUGAGGGCCACAUGGUUAAAUGUUACUGGGGCAAAGAGUCCCCUGACAUGGCCAAACCUGUGCAACAGAUGGACUACAGCAGCCAGUGGGGUCAGUGGAAUCAGGUGUAUGGGAGUCCCCCCCAGCAGCAGCAACAGCAGCAGCAACAGCAGCAGCAGCAGCAGCAGCAGCAGCAGCAGCAACAGCAGCAGCAGCAGCAGCAGCAGCAGUAUGGUCAGUACAUGACCAAUGGCUGGCAGGUGCCCUCCUACGGCAUGACCUACGGCCAGACGUGGAAUCAGCAGGGAUUUGGCAUGGAGGACUCCAUACUGGCAGCCGCGCAGAACAUGUCAAGCCCCAUGUGUUCCCCCCCUAGCAGGCAGUCCCAGUCUCCUGCCUGGAUGGGAGGGUUCGGCACCCAGCCGUCUCAGCCUCAGCCCGGCUCAGUGAUGCCCAACCAGCCCAGCUUUGGGAUGGCUGGCUACCAGCCACAGUGAGCCGGACCGGGCCACACACAGUUACUCAACUCUCAAAUGGAAACUGGCCCCCACAUAGAAAAUGAAGAUGCUGAGACCGGAUUGGGUACCACAUCUUGGAGGAAAGAGUCAAUCCAGCUGAAGUUUUUGAGAGACUCGCUAUUUGGAGAGGCUGAAUGGGACUAAAUGCCAUAAAUUGGGAAAAUGGAGUUUAUUGGCUGACUCAUGUCUGUAUAAAUGAAAAUCUCCCUUUGUUUCUUUUCUUUCGGCCUCAUUACUUUUUGGUGGAUGAUGAGAGGCAGGAGAGUGGAUGAAACAUUUAUUUCCCCUCCUCAUUUGGUCUAAACAACUGGACAACGAGGGAGUAAGGUCCUUUGUUUUUUGUCCCAGAUUUGGAGACAGGGUUUGCACAGGUACAUUUAGAAAUGUUUGGAAUGUUUAGUUGUAAAUGCUGUAGUGACGCUUUUUAAUUUGGCAAGAAUAUUCCCCUUAUAAGCUGCAGAUAUAAUUGCUUAAUGUCACUUUUCAUUUUGUACUUAAAGCACCAUUUAUCCUAAUUCAGCAAAACAGUGUAAGUUAAGGCACCUUUGGGAGUUCUGAAGCCCCAUUUCUUGUAAAUGUUGAAGUGUACAUGAAUUUCUAUGUGCCGUCGCUUGUAUGCAUCCUCCUCAGCUUCACUCUGCAUUUCCCCACCACACGUUUCUCUCCGCAGGAUCUUUGAUGCAGUGUGGAGAUCUCUAUAGCUGUUAUUAGCCAACAUCUUAUAAUUAGUGCUUAUCAUGGACUUAAGUUAGCGAUGGCAAUGUGUACAUAACCCUUGAUAACGCUGUAUGAAAGUACGUUUGUUUUUAUUUUCCAAAGCAUGCAUUCUUCAUCAUAGAGGUCUACAAAUCAAAUGCUGUACAUAGCACACGGGGACAAAUUGCGUGACUGACAUAUUGAAUCAAUUCAGUGUAAUUUACAAAGAAGCCUUAAGUUUAAUAGGUCGGUUAACGCAUCAUUUGUAACUCACAGUUUGAAGCUCAUGGUAGAGAGGUGCUGAUCAGUUUUAGAGCCCUUUUUGCAGUUCUGUGUUCAUUUGCAGAUUUGGACAGAUAUGUGUGCCAUUUUCAGCUGUUGGCCAGGGUGUGAGUUUUCCAGAAGACUUGUUAGGGUAAACUGCAUGUUUUUAAAAUGUGUUGUUGGGGUUGCUGAAUGUAAAUGGCUGACCUGUUGGAAUAUAUUCAAGAAUUUGAUAAUGUAUCCAUUGUAUCAGAGGAAACAUCUCCAUAAAUUGACAAAUGGAUUUUAUUUUUUUUCUGUCAUCAAACUCUUGAACCCAACACAAAACAUGGCUGAAAAGCUGCAACUGCAAGUUGUGUAGAAAAUAAAACUAGAACACUUGUA